UAUUUUUGUGUCGUGUGUGAGAGUUUUCGUGUGUAAGCUCUCUUCCUAGCUGGAGUAUAUAGUGUGAAUGGAUAGAUAGAUAGAAAAGGAGGGAGGAAGGCGACGCUACAGUAGGUCUUUUAAAUGCGCCCUCUGUGCGUGGAGCGCGUAAGAACUAGCAGCGGUGGCGCAGCGAUGGAUGGACGGCCGCCGCCGCGCACAGGCGCUCGAUAAGGCCCGGGCAGUGCCGCGCCGAAUCUUGGAAUGCGGAUCGAUUGAGCCGGCGAUCGACCCUGGUGAGCGCUCCUGUCGGUGAAUCGAGCGCGGCAAGGGGCCGAUCUUGUGGAUAUUUCCAGCCCUGCAAUGUAGGCGCUCGGCGCCGCGAUGUAUGCGAAGACUAUGGCGGGCGAGCAUGCGGUGUCACAGCGGCUGAUAGAAUGCGCUCUGGCAGGCGAUGUUCUCGGAGUCUCCGAGGCGCUGUCGGAUCAGAUCGUGGAUGUCAACUACAAGGGGCCCGUGAGUCUGCGUGUCAAGCACACGGAUUCUAUCCAGCACGAGGAGGCUCCCGACGAACUGCGCACGCAGGUCACAUCUACAUUGCGAAGAUGCUACUGCUUGCGGGAGCUGACCCGAAUGAAAAGCUUUUCAGAGGAUAUGCGUCCACGGCAGCAGCAAGAGAGGGCCAUCACGAGAUCGUGAAUUGUUUGCAAAGGUCUGGUGCCGGCCAACUCGCCUUGGAGGACGCCCUGCUCGAAGCUUGCCUGUAUCAUCAAGUGAAGUCCGUGCACAUUCUUAUUUCGUCGGAGAUGAUAAGGCCCGAAGUGCUCGUGCAAGCUCUUGCUUACGCAAGUAACCGGGGUUUUGUGGACGUCGUUGAAGCUCUCAUCCAGAGUGGAGUAGACAUCAACUCGUGGUAUAGAAUGCUACUGCGAUCGGCAAAGCCAGCUCUUCAUGCGAACGUAAGGUGUACACCUCUAAUAUCUGCCAUCGUUGGGAGGCAAGUUCACGUUGUCAAAUAUCUUCUGGAGGCAGGAGCAAAAACUGGGUGUAAGGCAUCGCUCGGAGCAUGGUCAUGGGAGCCUGGAUCUCUGGAGGAAGUGCGAGUCGGUGCAGGCCUAGCAAGCCCAUACAACGAGCUAUGGUGUGCUGUCGAGUACUGGGAAGAAACAGGUGCAGUACUGGAGCUUCUUCUGAACUACUUCUCUCCAAACGACGAUCAUUUUGGGAGGACAAUUCUCUGCCAUGCAAUUCUUUGCCGCAAUGCACCAGCAGUGGAAUUGCUAUUCAAGUCCGGGGCAAACGUCGAGGACGGUAUACACACAAAAGCCGGCGAAGAGUUUCCUCCGCUACUUUUGGCGCUCAAGUAUGGGUCGCUUCCGAUACUACAGACGCUCAUCUCACACGGAUGUGAUUUGAACGUAGUGGGAGCUAAUGAGGAGACAGGUCUUAUGCUAGCAGCGAGACUGGGACUCGAGCAGUGCUGCAAGGAGCUGCUGUUGGCCGGGGCAGAUGCGGGGUUUAUAAACACAGGCGGCAACAGUGCUCUUACAGUAGCAAAAGCAAAUGGCAACGGUGCAUCUUUCAACGACGUGAUAUGGAAGGCCCUCGAAUCGGGAUGCAGUAUCCAGUCCAGCAACCUUCACGUGUUUUCGCAGCUUCAUUUUGCCGCGAAGAGAGGAGACGUGAAAGUCAUGUCGAGGCUUCUCAAGGAGCCGUAUGUGGAAGUGAACGCUCAAGACCAAUACGGCUACACUGCUCUGAUGAUAGCUGCUCAAUCCGGUCACGUCGAAGUUUUCCGGCUGCUCGUGCAUGCUGGAGCCGACAUGAACUUGAAGAACAGGAAAGGAGAGACAGCCAUAUGUCUCGCAACGUACAGUGGCUGGCUGGAGCAACUGGAAAAAAUCCUCCUGGAUUCUAUCCUCUGCGACCUGCUCAAGGUGGAGAACUUCAAGCCGCUCCACUUCGCAUCAUGGCGGGGCAACUUGGAAGGUGUGAGCAAGCUUCUCAAGCAUGGAUACGCCGUGAACUUGCUGGACGAGGAAGGCUACAGUCCGCUGAUGCUAGCCGCGAAGGAAGGACACGCAGAAGCUUGCAGAGUGCUUCUAAACGCGGGGGCCGAUUGCAAUCUCGCAAACGGCAGGGGAGAGACAGCUCUGACUCUGGCCAAGAGGGCUGGCUCAACGAAAGCGGCUGAAGAGGUCCUCCUCGAUCACCUUGCGAUGAAGCUUGUCCUGUUGGGAGGCCAGCUAUCGAAGCACACUCGCCAAGGCAAGGGAACUCCUCACUUGAAGUCGGUUCGAAUGCUGAGGACGGGCUUGCUUACGUGGGGUAACACAAGCAGGCGUACAGUGGCGUGUAAGGAAGCCGGGCUGGGAGCAUCAAGCAGGUUUCAGAAGAACAGGAGGUCGUCCGACGACGGGCCUGGAAUCUUCAGGGUGAUCACUAGUACCGGGAGAGAGGUGCACUUUCAGGCAUCGGGUGAGAGCAAUGCAGAUUUGUGGGUGCGAGGAAUCAACGUCAUCGUCAAGGAGGCUGCUAGAGCCGAAGGGAAGCUCGCGAAAUGAGAGCUCGAGACCUUGGAGGUGAUGGACGUGCGUGACUGGGAUUGUAAAUUAUUUGUAGGAGAGCACCAGGAGCGGAAGAGGUAACCCAAGUCCGAUUUCAACUGGAGUUGAUUUAUAAGCUAACUUCUCUGUACUGUCACUUUUUUUAGUACCGAGACAGCUACGCUGCUGGAGAAUUUUUGCCUCUUUUCAGAUCUAUUCGCGCGCGAAGCGGCUCUCCCAAGAAUUUGGACCAGCUCCUUGAUCGCGUUUAAGGCCACCAUAGCCGCUUGUGCAAAGGCUAAAAGAGUCCCAAGAAGAUUUAGCAUUGUGCCGGAAGUGGAAUGUGGUGGCCUGGAACACGAUCAGUCAGGCACUUGCCAUGAACGGAGAUUUAUGAGGAACUCGAGACAUGUUUGAGCGUAUGCCAGUCAAGGACGUGAUUUCCUGGGUGACGACGAUUGAAGCUCAAAGCCGGUUUGAUCAAGCAAGGGCCUUGCUUUGCUGGGUAAAAUGCCGCAGCUUGCCGUUGUCACCUGGACCGCAAUGAUUGUUGCAAAUGCCGAGAGCGGAGAUUUGGAAUCGACAAGAGAUCUCUUCAA